GACUCUUGUAUAAAUAACAGUCCAUGCCUGGCAGGCCAUCGAUUUAGCUUGCUAGCUAGCUCGAUCUGGAUGAAUGAGAGACACGCAAGUGAUUUUUUUUCUUAGUAAUGCCAGACAUGAUGUACAUUUUUUUUCAAUCAUCAUUUGAUCAGAUUGCAUCUGAGUGAUUUGAUAAAUUGCGGAUAAUAACUAGCUUGCUAACGUUUGCUAGCUAGCUAAUUUACUGAAUGGCGUGAGCUGAAUCUAUCUACGAAGAUAGCUACCUAGGUUAGGGUUGGCCUAGUAUUAACUAACAAACUAUAUGGUAGCCAUAUUCAACUUAAUUUAUAACUUGUUUUCAUUGCAAAGUACUGGAAGCAAUGAAUCUCCAAUAAGAUUGCUUUGCUGUUAUGUUUUCUGGAUGUGUAGCUAGCUGGGAGUUAUUAUUCUGAUCUCGUACAAGUGUUGCAGGAGGUUCGCGCCAGCAUGUCUGUGUCUGUGAUCAUUAAAUGGGGUGGACAGGAGUACUCCAUCAGGACACUUUCCGAAGAGGACACUGUGCUGGACCUCAAGCAGUCCAUCAAGUCCCUGACAGGGGUUCUCCCAGAGAGGCAGAAACUCCUAGGAUUAAAGGUCAAAGGCAAACCAGCAGAGGACCAAGUGAAGCUCGGUUCGCUGAAGCUGAAACCCAAUACCAAGAUCAUGAUGAUGGGCAGCAGGGAGGAGAGUCUGACGUUUUAGCACCUCCCCCAGAGAAUGAUGACGUUGUCAAUGACUUUGACAUUGAAGAAGAGGUGAUUGAAGUACAGAACAGAGAGGAGAACUUGGCCAAGAUAGCCCGCCGUGUGAAAGACUACAAAGUGGAGGGGAUGAACCCACCCAGGGUAGGAAAGAGUCUGUUGGUACUAGAUGUGGACUACACAUUGUUUGAUCACAAGUCAUGUGCCGAGACGGGACAAGAGCUCAUGAGGCCUUUUCUCCAUGAGUUCCUGACCUCGGCGUAUGAGGACUAUGACAUCGUCAUCUGGUCUGCCACGAGUAUGAAGUGGAUUGAUGCUAAAAUGAAAGAGCUGGGAGUGACAGACAACCCUAACUAUAAGAUCACCUUCAUGCUGGACAGUGCAGCCAUGAUCACCGUGCACACGCCUAAGAGGGGUGUAGUGGAGGUGAAGCCUCUUGGGGUGAUAUGGGGAAAGUACAGUGAGUUCUACAGCAAGAGGAACACCAUCAUGUUUGAUGACAUUGGCAGAAAUUUCCUCAUGAACCCACAGAACGGACUGAAGAUUCGUCCAUUCAUGAAAGCGCACUUAAACCGUGAGAAAGACAAAGAGCUCUUCAAACUCUCUCAGUAUCUUAAAGAGAUUGCCAAACUGGAGGACUUCUCAGGUCUCAACCAUAAGCACUGGGAGAGGUAUCGUGCGAAGAAACAAAGCCAGUGAGAGCAAUGUUGUGGAUGUGUGAAGGGAUGGUCAUUCCUCAACCAGGAACAGUGCUGGACACUCAAGCCCUCACAAAACUACUACUGCCUGUUUCUGACUGGGAGCUGUUUCCUGUUGUUUGGCUUUUUUAAAAACGUCUGUUCUUCCCUCAUCUAUGUCUUUCUCUGUUGACUUCAGUCUGGGAGACAGUAAAUACUAUACACCCAUCAGUACUCAGUUUACAUGCAAUGGUUUUUAUGUUAGGUUUCACCCAAUCGUUCUUUCAGAUUAGUGACUGUCAUCUGUAGCAAUGACACUUAACCUCCAGAGUUAUACGAACAUGAGUUUGUUCUGUACUGAUAGUGUUCUUUAUUCUCUUUCUCUCCUCUCCCCCUGGCUCUCUCCUCUUUCCCCCUGGCUCUCUCCUCUUUCCCCCUGGCGGCUCUCUUCUGGCUCUCUCCUCUAUGACACCACCAUACCAAGUAGAUGUAGUGAAGCUGGCACAGUCACUGAGUGAAGCUGGCACAGUCACUGAGUGAAGCUGGCACAGUCACUGAGUGAAGCUGGCACAGUCACUGAGUGAAGCUGGCACAGUCACUGAGUGAAGCUGGCACAGUCACUGAGUGAAGCUGGCACAGUCACUGAGUAAAGCUGGCACAGUCACUGAGUAAAGCUGGCACAGUCACUGAGUAAAGCUGGCACAGUCACUGAGUGAAGCUGGCACAGUCACUGAGUGUUACUGAGUGCACGGUUUGACACUGAGGCGUAUUAGGCCUUUAUUAGGAGUGUGACGUCCAUAUGCUGCUGGUCACAGAGGUCAUUUCAGAAGGAGACAGGUGAUGAAAUCCAUCAGGCAGUCUUUAGUUUUUCCUCAUUGUCUGUUGACAUCAGCUAUGCCUGGAAACCAAAUAUAUCUCUGCACCUGGUUACACUGUAUGUUUUUAUAUUACUCAUUUGACACAACUUUGAUUUGAACUGAACAUUUCUUUCAUAUUCUCAGGCAAUUGUUAGGUCCACUGAACCAAACAAUAGUUGUUGUAGUGGAGUGACUGAAAAUAAAUGGGGGAAAGGCACUUCGUUUUUUGUGUGUGGGGGGGGGGCAAUUAAAGGCAUUGUUUGGCAGACUCAGCCUAAGCGCUAGACACUAAAGUCAGAUCAGAGUUCUCCGGUUUUAUGAGGUUUAUUUGUAAAUAGAAUUGUAUAUUUUCAGUUGGAAGAAGGGAUAUGGUUCAGAGCAUCGAGUUAGACAGCUUUUUAUCCCUUACUAGUUUUCUCUUGAAAAGGAACAGCAAUUCAAUAUUUGAUUC